AUGCUCCAAGAUCAUGAGAUGCGGACUAGAUACAGUUUUAUGUUGCAUUGCUUUUCUCACUGGCUAUGGAGCUUGUUGUACUCCUUCGCAUACCGGUACUAUAUUUUGAGUCAUUCGCAGCCAAAAACUAGAACCGUCGUACUCAUUAUUUUCCUACUCUACAUACCAUCCUUCGUUCAGUUUGUGAGUUUCUGCUUUGGUAGCGACAAUGUAGAGGAAGUGAAAUUAUUAAUAGCGAAGAAAUUCAACUAUGAUAUGACACGGGAAUGUGUGAGCGGCCAUUUGGACAUUUUCGACUGGAAGGUGUUAGGGACGAUUCUUCACAUGACGUUACCAAUAGCUCCGGUCUACACUGCCAUUCUUAUUCUCAGAAAACUGACAAUGGCAAAGCUUACCCAGGAAAGGAUUAUGUCAGAAAACAGCAAGCAACUUCACAAGCAACUGCUCAAGGCACUCACUAUCCAGGCAUGUUUGCCGAUAUUUUUCUUAUUUGCCGUUAUCACCUAUGCACUCGGGCAGCUUAGUAUCUAUAACCAUCCACUUCUUGAGUAUGCUACCUUUAUUCUGGCUAGCUGUAUUCCUGUUUUCUGUCCUGUUACGUCAUUCUAUUUCGUCCGUCCAUAUCGUGUAUGGAUUCGCAAGAAAUUACUCUGUCUAAGCAUAAUGCCGAAGUCACAGUCGAUCUCGAAAAUGGCAACAACACGUAGUAGCUUAGAGAUCAGCAAGACAAACUUUUGA